UGAAUUUAAUUAUAUAUAUUUAGUACAAGAAUUUAUAUAAGAUAAGUCGCAAUUUACCCAUCUCGUUUGUUACUCGCAAUUCGCCCAUCUCUAAUUGCCGGCUUCUGUGAAUUUUGUUUUGUAGCAAUGAAAAUGACUUCCAUUGAGGAAAAUGAAAUGUAUAUGGUUAGACAAGCGCAAAGUCUGCGCAAAACAGACCCAAGCUCGGCCAAAGCAUGGAUAUUGACCGCCAAAACACUUUAUCCAAACGCCUUCAAUGUGCAGUACGAAGCAUAUCUACUGGAGCGCGAUGGCAAGAACAGCGAGAAGGCGGCCAACUAUUUUAGUAUAAUUGCCACAAACUUUACCAAUCAACAUGCAGAGCUGUGGCAAGAGGUAAACGCAUUGACCAGCGCGCUGCGCAACGAAACGGAAAAUACGCCCGAGCAGGAGUUCUAUGUAAAGAUGUACAAACACCUAACACCAGAGGUGCAGCACAGCAUAUUCGUGCAUACGAUUAGCAAUUGUGGGGACAAUUUACAGCAGUGUAUACAUAGUUACAUACUUAUGUUCAAUAAGUUUCCCAAAACGGCAGCAACGCAGGCUCCUCGUCUGCUGGAGAUGCUCGCCGAGGGCAUGAAAGCUGAUCCGGAUGUUUAUCAACGUAUGCUCGUGGAGGAGGUUCUCCCAAUGAUACAGAACAAGCCCCCAGAGCUGAAUCCAGUGCUUGCUUGUCGUCUCUACACCAAUUCCUUGGAGUAUUAUCUGCGCCAAAUCAUGGACGAUGAGAAAUGCGACACAACAGAGGCGUGGAAGAAUAUAUUCAAGGUGCUCAUGCUGUGUGGUCAAAUGAUGGGCUGGGAGCCGUUUUUACCCUUCAGCAAGCAGGUCAACCAAAAUGUCUAUUGGGAUAAAUUGGUUAAGAUAUUGAGAGGCAGUCCAGCUGGCAGUUCCCAGGUGCUAUUCUAUGCCACAACGUUGUUCAUUUACUCACUGCACGGCUACAUACGCAAGCUACGCAUAGAGGAUGCAGAAGUCAGUCACGUCCUUGUCGAGGGCUUCAUUGACUGGUCGCCAGAGGGUGGAGAAGUACAAAGCAUGGAUUGGACACCGGAAGGUGGCGAAGUGCAGAGCAUGGAACCGCCCAAAUUUUCAGCUACGACCGCAAUCAGUCAAGAGUUGUCGGAGGCCUUUCUACACGCUGCUCGCUGCUGGCAGUUGCUGAAUACUGAGCAGUUCCAGCGGGAUUUUAGCCAACUUAUGUUAGCAUUGCCUUUAGCGCCUUGGAUAUCACGCUUUCUCUUCGAUCUCGCCAUUUACUUUGGACAUCGCGAUGAGGCCAACAAACUGAUGGCCGAUAUGACCACGCAGAGCACCCUAGUGCAGAGCCUGCAAAUUCUUAGCCUUAAUCUAAUGCAGGGAAGCAUGACGCUUCAGGGCUUUCAGUGCAUUCUAAAGAUACUCGCUGAACUGCCUGCUACUAGUGGCCAACUCUUGGAGAACAUCAGCUUAAAGAGCCAUCGUCACAUGAUAUUUUUGCCUCUUACCAAAAUUGCACUGAUUCAGUACUGCACGCGCGCUAUAAUCAGUCGAUUGAGUCGCAUGCUCUUCGAGCCCAACUGUUCGGAUCGCUUGCUGGGCGAUCUGUUGGCUCUGCUGCAAUUGAGCUCCGAUAAGGAUGUCGUACUUAAGCAACACAUUUUCAAUCUGAUCACGCAACGCAAAUCGUUUAAUUUGCACGUCUUGUCGAAUUAUAUUAUUGCCACGGAUAUAAUCGAAGAAUUGGCUUUCAUUUGGAACUCUCAGCAGCAGGAUGACGCCAACUUUGAGCUAACUGGGUCGCCAACCGGCAGCAGCGGCGCUUCUGGCGCAACAAAUGCGACUGCCGUUGCUACAACUCAGCCACGCCGCAUUGGCACUCGAGGCGCCGACAAGGGCGCUCGAGAUGAAUUCAAAUCGCUGAUUCGUCAGCAAAUCGCGCGUUGCAAUGAGCACGUGCCCACGCUAGUGGCCAAUUUUAUUACACAGGAGCAACUGACGCUGGUACAGCAUAUCUUUGGCAUGGCUCCACCCGUCGAAACAAUUGUUAUUAAAUGAGCUCCUCCGGCAUACAUAAACAGCUAGGAAAUGAUUGGUAAACAGAUCAGAGCUUUGUCCAGGUAUAAAACUGAUUGGGAUCAUACAGAUACGAAAAUGUUAUUCGAAUUAACUUAUUCCAUAUGAAAAGCCAGUUGGAAAACUCGUGUACUCCACUGAACCAAUGCCAUACGACGUGAGCUUAUUUGGAUUUUAAGCCGGAGCGGACUUAAGCCAACUAACACUUAAUGUCACAAUUUAAGAUACAUUAUAUAUUGUAUAUACAAAGCUUGUAGCUAUAUCAGUAACAUAAUUAUAUUGUCAAGAAUCAACCUUGAUCU